AGUGAUCAUGAAUAUUGCCAAGGGGACAAUAUUUCUCCUUCUGCCGGGACUUGGCAAGGUGAGAAACCUCGCUGUCUUUGUGAAUUACAUGUGGAUUUUAUUUCUUGAUGUGGACAAGAAAUCUGUAUAUGUUAUUCUCAUCCACUUGACUUUUACCAAUAUAAUAAUGAUUUUGACCAAAGCAAUGCACUACAUGAUGGUAGCUUUUGGUGUGAAAAACUUCCUACAUGACACAGGCUGUAAGAUAGUAACUUACCUGGGCAGGGUGGCUCGGGGCAUGUCCAUCUGCACCUACAGCCUCCUCACAGUGGUCCAGGCCAUCACCAUCAGCCCCAGGGCUUCCCUGGGGGACUGGUGGCACCAGCCAAAGACAGGUCGCCACAUCCUUCCCUGUUUGCUCUUCUUCUGGGUGCUCUACUCCUUGAUAAACUUGUAUAUACUCAAUGUCAUCACAAGCAACAGCAGCAAUGGAUCACACGUUACUGAAAGUCAAUAUUAUUGUCAUUUUUUACCACAAAGCCAGUUAACACGAUGGUCGUCUCUCACCAGCAUAACCCUGCAGGAUGCCCUGCUUCUGAGUCUCAUGGGCUUGGCCAGUGGCUACAUGGUGUUCCUUCUCCACAAGCACCACAAGAAUGCACUCUACCUGCAGAACACCAAGCGUGUCUACACCACGCCCCCUGAGAUCAAAGCCACUCAAAGCAUUCUCCUUCUGAUGCUUUGUUUUCUUUUUUUUUAUUGGACAGAUUCUAUUAUUUCUUUAUGUGUAAAUUACUCUUUGAAGAAUAAUUUUAUACUCAUACUUGUUCAAGAACUUCUAAACCUUGGUCAUGCCAUCCUCAGCCCCUUUGUGAUGAUUUAUAGAGACAGAC